GAGGUUUCAAGCAGAGAUCAUCAGUGGCACAGUGAUCCAGUAGUGUUGCUAGUGGGAAUGGGGAAUUGGUUCAUGAGCUGCAGCUUUGUAAGGCUAUGAUUACUCCGGAAAGAAGUCAGCUGUGACGUUGCAAAUAUGAAUGAAUCUUUCCAUGUCACAUUGAUUUUUGCAGCCUACAAGGACAUGGGCUCAGCCAAAUAUGUACUUUUUACUGUUGUUUUCCUCAUAUACCUUGCCUCCCUAUUAGUCAGUUUUUCCAUUUUGCUUUUAAUUUACCUGGACAUUUCCCUCCAUAAGCCAAUGUUCAUAUUUUUAUUUGUAUUAAUUGUAAAUGGGUUGAUUGGAAGCACCGCUGUUUGGCCACAGGUAAUGCUUCUUCUGUUAACAGAGGUCAAUACCACAUCAUAUGAGGGCUGUCUUUUUCAGUUUUUUCUAAUGGGAAGCUAUGGGGGUUGUAACUACACAGUGCUGACAGUGAUGGCUUAUGACAGAUUUGUCUCCAUAUUUCAGCCUUUGCAGUACCACACCAUCAUGACCCCACAGAAAGUGAAACAGCUCUCCUUUGCUGCUUACUUUGUGCCUGCAGCUUUUCUUCUUGGUCAAGUAUGUCUGACAACCCAGAUUUCCCUGUGCCAAUACACGAUUCACAAGAUUUUUUGUGAUAACUUCUCUAUCUUUAGUUUAUCAUGUGCUGACAACAUCAGUCAUGUGAGCAAUGUGUAUGGUAUAUUUCUCCUCAUUGGUUUUGGUGUUCUUCCUGUAUUUCUCAUUUUUCUGUCAUAUUUGAAAAUUGUGUUGGUAACACUGAAUGCUUCAAGAAAUGCAAGAAAAAAAGCCAUUGAAACAUGCACCCCACACUUAAUUAUUUUUAUUAAUUUCUCUUUGGUCACAUUCUUUACUAUUAUAUAUAAUCGCAUCAGUGAUUAUGUACCAGGAGGGCUUAAUGUAUUUGUGUCUAUAAAUUAUGUACUUAUACCCCCACUGAUGCAUCCCGUUAUAUAUGGUUGGAAAAAUAAGGAAAUUCAACGAAGCCUCUCCAAAAUUUGGAGAAAGGCUAUUUUUGCAGUCUCUGAAAGUGUUCCAAGGAUUGACAAAUCGUCCAAGGUCAUAACAUAGGCAAUGUUUUGUUGUGGUUUGUCAUGUUUUACACACAUUGUGAAGAUGCCAUGGAGUGCAUAAAAUAUAAAUGUUGAGAGAAUAUUUCCAUUGAUGUUUGUAGUUUUGAUUUUUCUGUGAUAAGCCAUAUUGUUGUUAAAAUUAUUAUUAUCAUUAUUAUUAUUAGUAGUAGUUGUAGUUGUAGUAUUUAUUAUUAUUAAUACAAAUAAUAAUAAAUGAUCUUACUUUUAGGUCAUUUGGUAUUCACCUAACAAAAAAUAAAUGUUCUCAUUCAUAUCAUGGAAAAGAAAUGUGUCACUGUGUUAUUAAUUUGAUCCAUAAACAUACAAAUAAUAAGACCUUAGAAAGGAGAUGCAGAGGAAAAAAUAUGUAAUUAAGAUUCAUUAAAAUGAAAAGGUUUUAUUGAAAAAAAAAA